GCCCCUCCGAGGCGCCGUAGCGCGGGAGGGAGGCGGCGGCGCUGUGUUCCGUAGGUCCGCCGGUCCGUGGGUCUGCCCGGCCGCCCGGCCCCGCCCUGCCCCCCGGGGCGGCUCGGCUCCAUGGCCCGCGGCGGCGGCGGCGGCGGCGGCGGCGGGAGGCGACCCGGGGGCCGCGGUGGCCGCUGACCGGGCGGCGGGAGGCGGCGGGGCCGGGCCAUGGGGGACGGAACCGUCAGCAGCCGCCGGAGCCGGGAGCCCUGCCCAAGCCGGAGCGGCGUCCCCUGCUGAGCCCCGAGCGCCGGGCCGGCAGCCGGAUGCGCGGGCCCACUGGGCGGGCCAGCGGCCGCCUGCGGGAUGAGCAGACUGCUGGGGGGGACGCUGGAGCGCGUCUGCAAGGCUGUGCUCCUUCUCUGCCUGCUGCACUUCCUCGUGGCCGUCAUCCUCUACUUUGACGUCUACGCCCAGCACCUGGCCUUCUUCAGCCGCUUCAGUGCCCGAGGCCCUGCCCGUGCUCUCCACCCAGCUGCCAGCAGCAGCAGCAGCAGCAACUGCUCCCGGCCCAACGCCACCGCCUCUAGCUCCGGGCUCCCUGAGGUCCCCAGUGCCCGGCCCGGUCCCACGGCUCCUAUGCUGCCACCCUGUCCUGACUCGCCACCUGGUCUUGUGGGCAGACUGCUGAUCGAGUUCACCUCACCCAUGCCCCUGGAGCGGGUGCAGAGGGAGAACCCAGGCGUGCUCAUGGGUGGCCGAUACACACCGCCCGACUGCACCCCAGCCCAGACGGUGGCGGUCAUCAUCCCCUUUAGACACCGGGAACACCACCUGCGCUACUGGCUCCACUAUCUACACCCCAUCUUGAGGCGGCAGCGGCUGCGCUACGGUGUCUAUGUCAUCAACCAGCAUGGUGAGGACACCUUCAACCGGGCCAAGCUGCUCAACGUGGGCUUCCUAGAGGCGCUGAAGGAGGAUGCCGCCUAUGACUGCUUCAUCUUCAGUGAUGUGGACCUGGUCCCCAUGGAUGACCGCAACCUAUACCGCUGCGGCGACCAACCCCGCCACUUUGCCAUUGCCAUGGACAAGUUUGGCUUCCGGCUGCCCUAUGCUGGCUACUUUGGAGGUGUGUCAGGCCUGAGUAAGGCUCAGUUUCUGAGAAUCAAUGGCUUCCCCAACGAGUACUGGGGCUGGGGUGGCGAGGAUGAUGACAUCUUCAACCGGAUCUCCCUCACUGGGAUGAAGAUCUCACGCCCAGACAUCCGAAUCGGCCGCUACCGCAUGAUCAAGCACGACCGCGACAAGCAUAACGAACCCAACCCUCAGAGGUUUACCAAGAUUCAAAACACGAAGCUGACCAUGAAGCGGGACGGCAUUGGGUCAGUGCGGUACCAGGUCUUGGAGGUGUCUCGGCAACCACUCUUCACCAAUAUCACAGUGGACAUUGGGCGGCCCCCGUCGUGGCCCCCUCGGGGCUGACACUAAUGGACAGAGGCUCUCGGUGCCGAGGAUUGCCUGCCAGAGGACUGACCACAGCCUGGCUGGCAGCUGCUCUGUGGAGGACCUCCAGGACUGAGACUGUGGGCUUUGUUUUCUGAGGGUCUUCAAUAGGCCCCCUAGCUAUACCUGGAAGUUUCAGAACCCACUUUGGGGGCCUCCUGCCUGGGCAGGCUCUUCAAGUGUGGCCCUCUUUGGAGUCAACCCUCCUUCCUGACCCCCUCCCCCUAGCCCAGCCCCAGUCACUGUCAGGGUCGGGCCAGCCCCUGCACUGCCUCGCGGAGUGGCCUGGGCUAGGUCACUCCACCUCUCUGUGCCUCAGUUUCCCCCCUUGAGUCCCCUAGGGCCUGGAAGGGUGGGAGGUAUGUCUAGGGGGCAGUGUCUCUUCCAGGGGGAAUUCUCAGCUCUUGGGAACCCCCUUGCUCCCAGGGGAGGGGAAACCUUUUUCAUUCAACAUUGUAGGGGGCAAGCUUUGGUGCGCCCCCUGCUGAGGAGCUGCCCCAGGAGGGGACCAGAGGGGAUGCUGUGUCGCUGCCUGGGAUCUUGGGGUUGGCCUUUGCAUGGGAGGCAGGUGGGGCUUGGAUCAGUAAGUCUGGUUCCCGCCUCCCUGUCUGAGAGGAGGCAGGAGCCCCAGGGCCGGCUCGUGUUUGUACGUUGCACAGAAACUUGUGUGGGUGCUUUAGUAAAAAACGUGAAUGGAGCA